UUAUCUGAAAUUCAAUAUUGCUGAGUCAUGUAAACGACAAAUGAGAAAAAAAUUUCGUGUUUCUUGCGUAAUUUAUUUUAACGAUAAUAACAUUGAGUACAGAUAGUAGGUACAAUCUCUUCCGCAGUAAAGAAUUGCAUCACAUAACGAAAUCUUAUAAGCAGCAAGAUGCCUCAGUGGAUUUCAGUCGUCAUUAGACCGCACAUCAAACACGCGGAUUAUUGAAGUAACUAGCGAUUGACGUUUCGAAUGUGGAACUUUUUUGAUUGAAACCUAUUCGAUUACGAAAAAAAAAUAUUCAAAUAAAAUACAAAAAAACAUAACAGAGCUCUGCUUCUUAUUCAAUCGUUCAAGUCCAGUCAUUAAGCUUCAAGCACUUUAGUUGCUGUGCCGAAUCUGCAGUGUUGGGCGUGCGAUCCUUCUGUCAACAAAACGUUCGAUCUCGUUGAACAUUUGUGUAGACUUUUAACAACGCCUUAAUAGAAAAGAAACAAUCCGUGAAGAUGGGCUUAUUGACUGAAGGAAGCCCCAUGAGCUGGGAGGAUACCAAAGAUUUAUCCGAUCAUGUACGAAAACACGGGAUUGUGCAAUUUAUUAACCUGUACAAAAGGCUGAGGGACAGACAGGGAGAUAUCCUCAAAUGGGGUGAUGAGGUAGAAUAUGUUCUGGUUAAAUUCAAUGAUGAAGAAAAAACGGCUAAAGUUAGUUUGCGAGCUGAAGAAAUUUUGAAUACUCUUAAUGAAAAAGAACUUCAAGAUCCAAUUAAUGUGAAAUCGCUAUGGAGACCAGAAUAUGGAGCAUAUAUGAUUGAAGGAACACCUGGAAAACCAUAUGGAGGAUUACUUGCACAUUUUAAUGUGGUCGAGGCAAAUAUGCAAUACCGAAGACAAGAGGCAACUAUGUUGCUUCAACCUGGUGAAGUACUAAUGUCAUUGACAAGUUUCCCAAGGUUGGGAGCACCAGAUUUCACGGAUCCACCGACAAAGCCCACUCCAACCAGUGGUGCAUCACACAGCUUAUUCUUUCCUGAUGAAGCAAUAUUCCCUGGUCAUCCAAGGUUCAAGACUCUGACUAGAAACAUAAGGCAGAGACGAGGUGAAAAAGUGGCGAUAAACUUACCGGUUUUUCGGGAUGAAAAGGUUCCCCAACCAUUCAAAGAAGACUUAGCCUCGUUGGGAGAUGAUGGGACGAGUGAGCAAGCUGCCAAAGAAGAUCACGUCUACAUGGAUGCCAUGGGUUUUGGAAUGGGGUGCUGCUGUUUACAAUUGACCUUUCAAGCAUGUAAUAUACAAGAGGCUCGAACAUUGUAUGACCAACUUACUCCGCUUUGUCCAAUAAUGUUAGCUCUAACAGCAGCAAGCCCUUUGCAUAAAGGUUAUGUAACUGAUGUUGACUGCCGAUGGAACGUCAUAUCAUGUUCCGUUGACUGUAGAACAGAAGAAGAACGUGGGUUGAAGCCACUGAAAGAGAAUAAAUUUAGAAUUAGCAAAUCUAGGUAUGACUCAAUAGAUUCUUACUUGAGUGAACAAGGUGGUAAAUACAACGAUGUUCCUUUGACAUAUGAUGAAGAGAUAUUUAAGCAACUUUCAAAAAAUGGAAUUGACAAAUUACUUGCACAACACGUUGCUCACUUAUUCAUCAGAGACUCGGUCUCGCUAUUCACAGAAAAAGUUCAUCAAAACGAUGAGGAGGACACCGAUCAUUUCGAAAACAUUCAAUCAACAAAUUGGCAAACAAUGCGCUUCAAGCCACCGCCUCCAAAUUCUUCAAUCGGAUGGCGCGUGGAAUUCAGGCCUUGCGAAGUACAAAUUACAGACUUUGAAAACGCGGCUAUAGUCUGUUUCGUGGUUUUAUUAACUAGAGUAAUACUUAGCUACAAAUUGAAUUUGCUUAUACCGAUUAGCAGAGUAGACGAAAAUAUGGCCAAGGCUCAAAAACGGGAUGCGGUCAAAAAAGAAAAUUUCUGGUUCAGAAAGGACAUAACGUCCGAUGCCAAGCAAUGUGUUGACACUGAAACUGAGUACACCAAAUUUUCGGUUAAUGAAAUAAUUAAUGGAAAGGACGGUGUUUUUCCUGGCCUGAUACCAUUAGUCAACUCUUACUUGACCAGUAUGGAUGUAGAUGCAGAUACACAUUGUACCGUUCAAAGGUAUUUGAAAUUAAUUCAGAGACGAGCUUCUGGCGACCUCAUGACAACGGCCGCAUGGCUAAGGAAUGAAGUAAUCACUCACCCAGAAUACAAAAAAGAUGCGGUCGUAACUCAACGUAUAAACUACGACUUGCUAAAGAAGGUUCAUUCUAUUCAAACUGGCGAGUUAUCGUGUACUAAACUUCUCGGACCUUGUACACGGUCCAGAACCACAGACACCAUACCAGCAGCUGUUGCCAAAGCAGAAGAAAUUCCGUCUGUAGAUAUGUGAGGUUCCAAGAAGAGUUGAAAGCACAGUUGGAUCGAUUUUUUUUUUUCUAUAACUCAUCAAUGCCAAGGUAGACAAAACACGAUAGAUAUGACCGCAUAUUUAACAGCACUUAAAGAUUGGCCAAGGUACACAAAAAGUAUAUCAAAUAAAAUAAAAAAUGAAUAAAAACAACACUGCCUUCGGGGGUGAUCUGUUUUAAAAUUCAUUGAGGCAUCAGUCUGUUAUUCAAUUAUUUUUUUCGAAAAACACUCUACUAAAUGUGUGGUAACUCUAAUGAUAUAGUAUUUAUCUCAAAUCAGAAUUCCCUCAUUGCUUGUCUACGCGAGGUUGAUGAGAUAUAAGUAGUGCUUCUAUGUACAGACAAAAAAAAAAAGACGUGUAAAUGUUGACUUGCAUCAUCACGUGUAAAUUCAUGCCUAAUUUUGUUGAAAUUUUAUGCACGUGUGUGAUAUAAUAUCUGAUCCAAUAUAAACGCCGCAGUUACCAUCCGGAUAUACAAAUGCUGAUAAGAUAUGAAUCGGCUAUCGAAAUGCUGCUGAUAAGAUAUGAAUCGACUAUCCCCUCGCUGCGAUAGAAGGUAAUUCACGUAAAAAGAAAGAAAAAUCAUUGAUAAUUCUUAAAUAUCAUUUUAUCUCUUAUCAAAGAUUAGAUGAACUGAAAACUGUGAUGACCGUAUUACUUCAAAUUUGAUAAUUCCUACUUAUUAGUUACCUUGUUUAUUUAAAAAUUAUGAGAAUUUUCAAAAUGGAAUUUGUUUAAUGGUGGUGGUAAUGAUUGAUCAUCAACGAAAUCCAAUUUAAUAUUCAAGUAUUUUACCCAUAAUGUACUUACUUAAUAUGGAACCAAUUGACUAGUUAGGAUUUACUCAAUUUAAUUUUACCCAACCUAUCUACUGAUCUAUCAAAUGAUGAUUAUUACAUUGCCGAAAAUGUGAUGUUGAUGAAAUUCACAAAAUUCAAGAUUUCCGCAAUGUCAAUAAGUAUUUGAUUUAGAUAAAAUGUGCUAUUAACUUAAUAGCCCCAAAGGUAUUCCUAAUUGUACAGUAAAAAUACACCACGAUGCGUAAUCAUUCCGAACGAUAUAUAUAGAAAAUACUAAUCUAGUUCAUGCGACGAAAUUCAGAUGAAAACAAAGAUGACGAAAAUCGCCGUUUUAGCAAAUAUUGAAAUUGUUUGUUCACCUACUUUUCGCUGCACCAUCUAGUACUUAGUACGUAAAGGGUAUUCUAAAAAUCUAAUUUACUCAUAAAAUUUGUAAAUAAUAUGGUAAUGAUUUUUUGAACACCCCCCUUUACACUUUUUAUAUUCACUUGUUACGUUUUCGAAAUAUACUAUUAUUUUGUAAAUGGCACGAGACAGAUAAAAUUGAAAUAAAUAAAUAAAUAGCUAAAUAAAAAAUCAAAUAUAAAUAAUA